AUGACUACAAAUAUUAAUAAAAAUAUAUUUAAAGUACAGUAUAUAAGACGUGUUAUCUUUAAUCAACUGGAAGAGAUAUCAAAGAUAAAGAAGGAUAAUAAUAAUGAUCAAUCAUCAUCAUCAUCAUCAUCAUCAACAUUAUGGUUAAAAGGUAAAGAUAUCAUCAAAUUACCUCAUCUUGGUUUGAUAUCAAAGUAUGGUAUGUCAUGGGACUUUAUCAAACAUUAUCUACCCGUCAAGGAUAAUGUAUCAUGGUUAAGAAGACUAGAUGUUAUUACUCGUUAUUGUUGUCAUCGUAAUGCAACAUUGGACACUCUCAAACAUCUAUUGGAAUGGUCAAAAGAUUAUGAUAUUACAAAAAGUUUACAUAUCAAUCUUGGAUCAACAUCCGAUACACUAAAGAAAAGGUCACGUAACAUUCGAACCAUUUCAAAUAGAGAUAUAUUAGAGUAUCUCAUCCAAAACUACCCAAAUGUUUGUCUUAAAGGUAUAGCUGAUAAUGCUGCCAAAUGUGGUUAUCUACCAAUCAUAGAGUUGUUAAACUCUUAUAAUAUCCCAUUUAAUCGAUCAAAAGCAAUGCAUAUUGCAUCAGUCAACGGUCAAUUUAAUAUCAUGAGAUAUUUACAUGACUAUCUUCCAAAGAAACAAUCAUCAACUGUCAUGAUGGAUUAUACUUCAAGUAAUGGAAAUUUAGAAUUGUUAAAAUUUCUUCAUGAAAAUAGAUCAGAAGGUUGUACAAAGGCAUCUAUUCAUUGGGCUGCAAUGGGUGGUUAUUUUGAAGUCGUAAAGUUUUUAUAUUCUAAUCGAUUAUUGGAUUUGAAAAGAGGUGGUGACCAGGAUAUCUAUAGAAUUAAUUUAAUUGAUAUUGUAUCAAGAGAAGGUUAUAAUGAAAUUUUAAAGUUUUUAAAUGAAAAUAGAUCAUCAAUUCCGACAACAGGUACAACCAAUGCUAUGGAUUGGGCAGCAGAGAGAGGCCAUUUAAAUAUUUUAGAGUAUUUACAUUUGAAUCGUAGUGAAGGUUGCACAAAGUAUUCUAUGGACAAGGCUGCUGUGAACGGUCAUCUAAAUGUAGUUCAAUGGUUACAUUGGAAUAGAACAGAAGGAGGUACGACAUCGGCUUUAGAUUAUGCAUCAACUUUGGAAAUAGUUGAAUUUCUAGACAAAAAUAGACAAGAAGGUGCAACACCUAAAGCAAUGGAUCGUGCUGCUUUAAUGGGCAGAUUGGAUAUUAUAAUGUAUCUUGAUAAAAAUAGAACUGAAGGAUGUACAACUGAUGCUAUAGAUAAUGCAAUUAAAAGUGGUCACACAGAUAUUGUCAAAUGGUUAGUUGAGAAUCGUAGUGAAGGAUUUUCAAGGUAUUCAAUGCUCUAUGCUAUUAAAACCAAUGCAAGUAUGGAAAUGAUAUACUAUAUUCAUGAAAACUCGAAAAGCAAAAAGUGUACGCCAAAUGCAGCUACGGCAUGCCAUGCAAUCGAGAUGGGUCGAUUGGAUAUAGUCGAAUUUUUUCAUCAACACUAUCGCAAUAUUCCAAUAGUAUGGGGAGGUACAUACCACGGACAUACCAUGGAUGAGGCCGCAACUAGAGGAUAUUUGGAUAUUGUUCAAUUCCUUUAUCAUAAUCGUACUGAAGGUAAUGUAUUACGAGCAAUAGAAAGAGCAGCAGAAAAUGGACAUUUAAAUAUUAUAAAGUUUUUACAUUUAAAUAGAACAAAUGAAAUGAAUUUAUCAAAUGCAUUGAAUAAUGCUAUCAAUUAUAAUCAACAUAGUUUUAUAGAUGUAGUAAAAUAUAUUAUAGAGACACGUCCAAAAGGACAACGGACAAGAUUAGAUCCUCCAAAAUUUAAAAGUAGAAAUAUAUAUGCAUACGAUGUUUUCUUGGUUUUAUUGGAAUAUGAUAUGAUUGACAUUACUCAAAUCAAUAGUGAUUAUAUUAGAUUAAUGUAUUCAAGAUGUCAUUUUGAAUUGGUUGAUCUUUGUAAUACAUUAUCAAAAAUUAAUACCAAAAUUGAAAAUGAAUCUUGUUUAGAUCCUUGGCUCUAA